AUGGGAGCAAUCAAAAGCCCGGGAAAAUUCACGAAGAGGGUGAGACCUCGCAACCGCAACCUGGGACGUGUAAGUGAGGCAGAAUUUAACAGGUACCUGCGUGAAGAGGCUGACUUUUCAGCCUUCCACAUAUCCGCUACUGGGGAGUAUAUUACAUACUACCAUAAAAAUAAGCCAACAGAGAGACUCUUCUUCUGUUCAGAAUGUGGUAAAACCUUCAAUCGUAAUUCACAUCUCAUAAGCCAUCAGAGAAGUCACACGGGAGAAAAGCCAUACUCUUGUCCUGAAUGUGGUAAGCAGUUUAUGAGGAGUUCACAUUUAGUCAGGCAUAAGAGAAUUCACACAGGAGAAAAACCCCAUUCAUGUUCAGAGUGUGGGAAGCACUUCAUCACAACUUCAGAUCUUGUGAUACAUCGGAGAACCCAUACUGGAGAAAGACCCUAUCAUUGUUCAGAAUGUGGGAAGAGCUUUGUCUGCAAUUCUGUUCUUAUCAAACACCUGAGAACUCACACAGGAGAGAAACGACAUUGCUGUCCUGAUUGCGGCAAGUAUUUUACUACCAAUGCCUAUCUUGUUGUUCACCAGAGAAUACACACAGGAGAAAAACCAUUUUCAUGUACCCAAUGUGGAAAGAGUUUUACUUGUAAUUCCGUUCUUACCAAACAUCGGAAGAUCCACACAGAAAGGAGCAGCAAAUCGAAUCUUAGGAUGGAGGACGCCAGCCAUGCUGAGGAGGCGUGCGCGGCCGGGUGCUCCCCGUCCUCUGGUUACUGUGGAGACAAGGACGCCAGUCGCGUCCUCGCUCUUCUAGCUGCGUGGGAUGCCGGAGGCGCUGCGAAGGGAGAGCGCGUUGCAGGCUCCCCGUAA